AUGGCUACCGAGGGGGAUGUGGAGCUGGAGUUGGAGACUGAGAACAGCGGCCCAGAGCGGCCUCCCGAGAAGCCACGGAAGCAUGACAGCAGUGCGGCAGACCUGGAGAGAGUCACCAACUACACGGAGGAGAAGGAGAUCCAGAGUUCCAAUCUGGAGACGGCCAUGUCCAUGAUUGGAGACAGAACUGGCCAAAGUCAGCAUUAAGAAGGAAGAUCUGGAGCUGAUAAUGACAGAGAUGGAGAUCUCAAGAG